AUGGCUAAUCUUAUAGGAUCUGCAAAACUUCCAUUAAAUAAUGAAGUAGAAAUUAUUGCAGAAGAAGUUGAAAAAGGAUUUGAAGAUACCAAUAUCAUUAGAAAAUAUCUAGAGAAGCGUAUUCAAAUUGAAGAAGAAUACGCCAAGAAUCUUCAAAAGCUAUGUAAAUCACAACCAAGUUUAAAGAAAUUGGGUGGAAUCAGUGGAGCAUUUUCUGUUAUUGUAGAUAGUACCAAUCAAUAUUCAAAUCAUAUACUUCAAGUAGUACAGAAAAUAAAUGAUGACAUUAAUAUUCCAUUGAAAUCAUUUAUGAAAGAUUUAAAAAAUGAACAAAAAACUUAUAUUACAGAUGGACAAAUGUUGGCAAAAGAAAGAAAAGAAGUAUUUGAUUCACUUAGAAAUGCAAAGACCAAAUAUGAUUCUUUGUUUGAGGAUGGUGGCGAUGCAUCGAAAAUAAAGGAGGCCGAAGAUGAAUAUAAACAACAGGUUGUGGUUGCCAAUCGCUAUCAAUCAUCGUUUCACAAUGAUAAGCUGCCAAAGAUUCAACAGGAUUUCCAGAGACUCGAGACUAUCCGUAUGCAGAGAAUGAAGACUAAUCUCAAGAAAUUCAUUACCGAGUGUGACACCAUACCGGCAAAGCUAAGCUCACAUAUAAAGUCGUCGGAAGAAACAAUCAACGGUAUCGAUACCAAGAAAGAUAUCAUGGCAUUCGUCAACUUUAAUAAAUCACUGAACCAACCUUGGCCAGACUUUGCAUUUGAACCGUGUGAAAAGAAAAAGAAAGGCUGGCGAACAACAAUGGCUGCAUUAAAGAUUGGAAGUGGCGGCGGCAGCGGCGGUGGACAAUCGACUUCUCACAAAGAUCUCAUGGCGUCGUAUGUUCCGGGCGGUCAACGCGAGACACCGUCCAGCCAUCCGAACGCUGUCUUUGGCAUCCCAAUUUCCGAGGUGAUGGAGAAACAGAAGCAACGCUAUCCAGAGCUGAAUCUUCCCUAUAUCCUAGUGCUCCUCAUCAACUCUAUAAAGAUUCACGGUGGAAUGAAAGCGGAAGGAAUCUUUCGUAUUCCCGGACACAACACUGACGUUGCCAAUAUCAAGCGUCGCCUGAACGAAGGUGACUACACAGUGACCGAGAACAAUGUACAUACCAUCACCUCCACCCUCAAAGCAUGGCUACGUGAAAUUCCUCAUGCACUCGUCUCUGACAAUCUCUACGAAGACGCUGUCAACUGCGAGAGUAUCACUGAUAUCGUGGCGAUCUUCCGUCAACUGCCACCUCACAACCAACGAAUCGUUGCCUACAUCUCACAGUUUCUCAAGGAACUGACACUCCCCGAGAAUGUAGAGUACAGCAAGAUGAAUAUCGAUAAUAUUUCAAUGGUUUUCGCACCAUCACUUCUACGUUGUCACAACCCAGAGCUUUUCCUCAGCAACAUUGAGAAGGAGAAAUCAUUCAUCAGACUCUUGAUUGAAUCGAAUCAGACGCUGGUCGAUAUUUGUCCUUUGAAUUUCGGUAGUUCCGAUAUUGCCACUAUCCAACCAAAAGUACUGAGUAACUCUGAUGACGAAGGACCACCUCCACUUGCUCCAGUUGCUGCUCCCGGAGAUGAUAAUAAUACAGGUGUAAAAGCUGGAUCACGUCCACUUCCACCAAGACCAAAGCCAGCUCCACCAGGAGUCACCGCCGAGAACGCCAAAAAUAUAUUCAAACCAAAUUCACUUGCUCAUCAUCUUCAAUAUCCAGGUGCAACCAAUUCAUCUUUUAUUCAACAAAGUCAUCAUCAUCAUCAACCAACACAUCAUCAACAACAUCAAGUAAUUUCACAUUCAAAUAAUUCCUCUGUAAUUAAAGAUUUACAAUCACAAUCAUACCCAUCCAACAACAACAACAACAGUAACCAACCACCAAAUCCUCAUCUUCAACCGAGUGUAUUAAGACCAUCAACAAAAUCAGGUAAUGGAACACUUUCAAGAGCACCAAUUUCAAUGGAUCUAUUCAAUAAUAAUAAUCAGAGUACUAUCAGUAACAAUAGCAGCAGUGGAAGUGGUAGUAAUAUAAGUUUGUCAUCAUCUGGAGGUAGUAAUCUUAGUUUAUCACCCUCAGGAAGUUCAAUCAAUGCAGCACCUACACCUCCACCAAGAUCAUUCCUUAUUACUUCACCAGAUAAAUCCAAUUCAACACCUACAUCACCAUCCAGCUCUAGUACAAACAUAACUUCCCCAUCAUCGUCAGAAAACAGAGAAAGAAAGUUUUCGAUAUUCUCCAACUUGCCACCACCUCCAACUGUUCCAUAUCAAUAA